AAUCAAAUUCUGAGUGAGUGGAGACAGCUACCAUGUGAAAAUGAGGGUACAUGUUCUUACUGUAACAACUUCAAUUUUUUAAUGUUUGAAUUUAAGCUUUACAUCCACCGCUAUUUCCCACAUUAACUGUCCCCCCAACCCCCCACCCCGCAAAAAAAAAAAUAAAAAAUAUAUCCUCGCCGCAUAGAGAGAAGCUCCAAUACCUAUAGUUUCAAAUCUUUUCUUAGUUCUUUCCAUUACAGCAUAUUCCCUAUACUACUUUUUGUUUCAUUAAUACAUUAGAUCUGUUUUGCAUUUCUAGUAUGUGGCGUUUUUUCUUCUAGCGAAAUCCCCAAGUAUAUGAACGAGUGAAAAAGUGCUUUCGUUGUGUUAUUAUAGAUUCAAACUUUGGGGUUUAAUUUGUUUUUAACACAAUGGCUGUUUGUAAGAAGUACAUAACACCUGAGGAGUUAAAGAAGCAUAACAAGAGAGAGGAUUUGUGGAUCUCUGUGCAAGGGAAAGUUUACAAUGUGACUGAUUGGAUUAAGCAACACCCUGGUGGGGAUAUUCCUAUACUCAAUCUUGCUGGUCAAGAAGCAACGGAUGCAUUCAUUGCUUUCCAUCCAGGUACUGCUUGGAAAUACCUUGAUAACUUCUUUACUGGCUAUUGUUUGCAAGAUUAUGAAGUUUCUGAGGUAUCAAGGGAUUAUAGGAAGCUUUGUGUUGAGUUUACUAAAGCUGGAUUGUUUGAAAAAAAGGGUCAUGGGGUGAUUUGUUCAUUUUGUUUUAUUGGUUUUUUGCUUUUCUUGACUUUUUAUGGUGUACUUUUUAGUGAUAGUUUCUUGAUUCAUAUGCUUUGUGGAGCAUUGUUGGGGUUGACUUGGAUGCAGAUUUCGUACUUGGGUCAUGAUUCUGGUCAUUAUGUAAUCAUGACGACUCGGGGUUUCAAUAAAAUGGUGCAAAUUCUGUCGGGGAAUUGUCUUACUGGGAUUAGUAUUGCUUGGUGGAAGUGGACUCAUAAUGCUCAUCAUGUGGCCUGCAAUAGUCUGGAUUAUGAUCCUGAUCUUCAGCACUUGCCAGUUUUCGCAGUCUCUCCCAAUCUGUUUACGUCGUUGAAUUCUAUGUUCUAUGGAAGAGAGCUCACAUUCGAUUCCCUGGCAAAAUUCUUUGUCAGCUAUCAACAUUUUACGUUCUAUCCGAUCGUCUGUAUUUCCAGGGUGAAUCUAUUUGUCCAGACCUUGUUGUUAUUGUUCUCAAAAAGAAAAGUGCCUGAUAGAUUUUUGAACAUAUUGGGGAUCCUGAUUUUCUGGACUUGGUUUCCACUUCUUGUUUCGACUCUGCCUAAUGGGACAGAGAGGGUGUUAUUUGUACUCACAAGCUUUGCUGUGACCGGGAUUCAACAUGUUCAAUUCUGUCUGAACCAUUUUGCUGCUGAUGUCUAUGUUGGACAGCCCAAGGGGAAUGAUUGGUUUGAGAAACAAACAGCUGGGACAAUUGACAUCGAUUGUUCUCCUCAGAUGGAUUGGUUCUUUGGAGGAUUGCAGUUCCAGUUAGAGCAUCAUCUAUUUCCAAGGCUGCCUAGGUGCCAAUUGAGGAAAAUUUCUCCUAUUGUGCAGGAGCUAUGCAAAAAGCACAAUUUGCCCUACCGGAGUUUGUCCUUCUAUGAGGCCAAUAAGUGGACAAUAAGGACACUCAAAGUUGCAGCAAUGCAAGCUAGGGGUCUGCUCUGGGAAGCUGUUAACACUCAUGGCUAAUAUUCGUUUUUUGAACAAAAUUGGACAUUUUUGUAAGUUAUUGUUUGUUUCCAUUGCAAUUGGAUAAUGACUAUUUUAAUUCCUGUAUCGUUUGGUGGAAUAGAGAGGGAAUGGUUCUGCUUU